CCCGCAGCCGCGAGCGGCGGCCGGCAGAGCGACGCGGAGCCCCGCUGGCGCGGACCCCUCGGCGCCCCCUGCCCGGAGCCCGCGCGCCCGGGCGGUCCCUGCAGGCCUUGCCUCUGCUGGGAUCUAACAGGGCCCCCCUGACCUGACAGCCCCUCUGAGUGGAUCAGCACAGCCCUUCCUUCGGCUGCUUGCCCGGACUGGCACAUGCCAGCCUCCCCUUGAAGAGAGGGAGCAAGCUUUGCCUCCUCCUACCCACAGGCCACGUAGAGCCAGAAGACUGUCCUCAGCACGCCUGAGGACGCCAUGCGGGGGGCUCUGGCGCCCUCGUCUUUGCUGCCUCCGCCGUCUCUGCUGCCCGUGCUGCUGGUGCUGGGCUUCGGUCUGAGGGCGGCCACCAGUGGCGGGGCCAGUGCAGCAGCCGGCUACGCACCGGUGAAGUACGUGCAACCCAUGCAAAAAGGACCGGUGGGGCCGCCCUUCCGUGAGGGCAAGGGCCAGUACUUGGAAAUGCCUCUACCACUACUGCCAAUGGACCUGAAAGGAGAACCCGGCCCCCCUGGGAAGCCCGGGCCUCGGGGGCCCCCUGGUCCUCCUGGCUUCCCAGGAAAACCAGGCAUGGGGAAGCCAGGCCUACAUGGGCAGCCUGGCCCCGCUGGCCCCCCUGGCUUCUCCCGGAUGGGCAAGGCUGGUCCCCCAGGCCUCCCAGGCAAGGUUGGAUCACCAGGACAGCCAGGGCUUCGGGGGGAGCCAGGGAUACAAGGGGACCAGGGUCUCCGGGGGCCCCCAGGACCUCCUGGCCUCCCUGGCCCCUCAGGCAUUGCUGUCCCUGGAAAACCAGGCCCUCAGGGGAUUCCAGGGCCCCCAGGAUUUGGGGGUGAGCCAGGGCCCCAGGGGGAACCUGGGCCCCCAGGUGAUCGAGGCCUCAAGGGGGAUAACGGAGUGGGCCAGCCAGGGCUGCCUGGAGCACCAGGGCAGGGCGGUGCUCCCGGACCCCCUGGCCUCCCUGGUCCAGCUGGCUUGGGCAAACCAGGUUUGGAUGGGCUUCCUGGGGCCCCUGGAGAUAAGGGUGAAUCUGGGCUCCCUGGGGUGCCAGGACCUAGGGGGGAGCCUGGGGAUUUGGGCCCCAAAGGGCCCCCCGGGGUAGAUGGUAUGGGGGUACCAGGGGUAGCAGGGGUUCCAGGGCCACAGGGCCCAGCAGGGACCAAAGGGGAGCCAGGGCCCCGGGGCCUCCCUGGCCUGAUAGGCCCCACUGGCUAUGGGAUGCCAGGACUGCCGGGCCCCAAGGGAGACAAGGGCCCAGCUGGGGUUCCAGGGCUCUUGGGGGACAGGGGUGAGCCAGGUGAGGAUGGGGAGCCAGGGGAGCAGGGCCCACAGGGCCUGGGGGGUCCCCCUGGACUUCCAGGGUCUGCAGGGCUCCCUGGCAGACAUGGGCCCCCUGGGCUUAAGGGAGAAGCAGGGCCUGGAGGACCCCCAGGAGUUCCUGGUAUUCGGGGUGACCAGGGGCCUAGUGGCCUGGCUGGGAAACCUGGGCUCCCAGGAGAGAGGGGACUUCCUGGGGCCCAUGGACCCCCAGGACCAACUGGGCCCAAAGGUGAGCCGGGUUUCAUGGGCCGUCCUGGGGGCCCAGGUGUGGCAGGAGCCCUGGGGCAGAAGGGUGACUUGGGGCUCCCUGGACAGCCAGGCCUGAGGGGCCCCUCAGGAAUCCCAGGACUCCAAGGCCCAGCUGGCCCCAUUGGGCCUCAGGGUUUGCCAGGCCUGAAGGGUGAACCAGGCCUGCCAGGGGCUCCUGGAGAGGGGAAAGUUGGGGAACCUGGCAUAGCUGGGCCUUUGGGGCCACCUGGAGUCCCUGGUUCCCCAGGACUCACAGGACCUCCUGGGCCUCCUGGGCCUCCAGGUCCCCCUGGCGCCCCUGGGGUGUUUGAUGAGACUGGUAUCGCUGGCUUGCACCUGCCCAACGGUGGCGUGGAGGGGGCUGUGCUGGGCAAGGGGGGCAGGCCACAGUUUGGGCUGGGCGAGCUGUCCGCCCCUGCCACGCCGGCCUUCACAGCGGUGCUCACCUCCCCCUUCCCCGCCUCGGGCAUGCCUGUUAGGUUUGACCGGACUCUUUAUAAUGGCCACAGUGGCUACAACCCUGCCACUGGCAUCUUCACCUGCCCUGUGGGCGGGGUCUACUACUUUGCUUACCACGUGCACAUCAAGGGCACCAAUGUGUGGGUGGCCCUGUACAAGAACAACGUGCCAGCCACCUACACCUACGAUGAGUACAGGAAGGGCUACCUGGACCAGGCGUCUGGAGGUGCCGUGCUCCAGCUGCGGCCUAACGACCAGGUCUGGGUGCAGAUGCCCUCGGACCAGGCCAACGGCCUCUACUCCACUGAGUACAUCCACUCCUCCUUUUCAGGGUUCUUGCUCUGCCCCACAUAACCCGCGGGGGGCCCUGCCGCCCUGGCCUCCUCCUUUUUAGUGGUAGAGAGACCUUCUGUUACAAAGAACCUCCAUUUAAAGAAAAAAACCAGUCUGAACAGAGGUGGGAACAGAGGCGGCCGUGGCCUUGGCCUGAACAGACUGACUUGGUUUCUCUAGCCAUGCCGGCUGAGGUUGUUUCUGGAAGAGGCAGGCCUGAGUUCCUCUCCCCAGUGUCUGUGCAGUGUUGGGGUUGUGCCCCCAUUGCAGGCAGGGCUCCAGGACACCUGGCCCAGCUGUCGGAGACCCCUGCCCCUGUGUCUGGGGCCCUCAAGGGUGGUGAAGAACGUGGCUUCUCGUGAGGCAGAACUGAGAGGGGACUGAGCGCCCCAUCCAUCCCCCCAGGGACAUGUUCCCAAGUCCUGCCCUUCCUGCUGCCCCCCAGAUGGCACCUCAAGGAAUGGGGCAUGGCCUCCCUCAGUUCUUGACUGGAGCUCUUCAGUUACCCUGGGACCUCCAACCUAUGAAGGUGGGUCCCCUGAAGAGUUUUGUUUCCCCUCCGAGGGAAGGGGCUAGGAGGUGGCCAUUGCAGUGGCCAGUAUGGACACCUUGCCAGGAUGGCAGUCCUAGGAGUGGGGCUGUGGCGUCAGGCCUGCCUGUGGUGGGAGCAGGUGUGCGGCCCCUCUGUGAGCUCCUGGGAGGGGCCCACCCUCCUUCACUGCUCUAGCUGCAGCCAGGGGGAACAGCGGCUCCUGAGGUGUCGGGGCAUGGAUCAAGGGCAGGAUGGCAACUCUGCACACUCACCUCCACCUCCCAGACUGCACCCACCAGCUCUGGUUCUGUUUGGCUUCAGGGGGCGGCACAGGCCCCUAGAACCGCCACAGGCCAGCAGGAAGCAGCAUCACCAGUCAGCCUUUCUCCUUUCACCCGGACGGGGGAGGGCUGACUCUCUCAUACCUAAUUAAGGGAUCCUUGCCACUCUCAGCCCAACUGUCCGCAAGUAAAGAGCCUCUCAUAUGGCCCUCAGAACAAGGUGCAUACAAGCUUGGGAUGAAGGCUCCCGCCUGCUUUCCUUAGCAAGAACCAGCUGGUGGAUAUGUGUCUACUAGAGGGGUCAGUCUGUGGGGGCUUCCUCGCCUUCCACUCUGCUUCCAAUUUCCUGUUCUGAGCAGGAUUAGGGCUCAGGAGGCUGAGGCUCUGAGAAAGGGUGCCAACAGGCCCCUUUGGAAAGAGUGGGCAUGGACAUUUCUGCCAUUCUCCCCAGUCAGAGCUCCCCUGAGGGAUCCCCCUCCCAUCCCCAUAGCCCUGCGUUCAGGCAGAGUGGGUAAAGCUGAGAUUAGUGCUGGGGGCAAGGAUGGCCACUUGCCCAGUGGCUCAAGACCUCUUGGCUGGCCCUCCCCAAGCCAGCCCACUUCCCUGUCCAAAUGCAGACCUGGGUCAACAUGAUCUCACUGUAUCGCUCCAAUCCUGGCCAACGUGACUGUCCAUGUUGGGAAAUGGAGGGCGACUGCUGACUUCUGACUCCAGCUCUCCCACCAGCCCUCCUUCCCUAUUCACCACUUCUCUCAACAAAGCAGGCCAUUUGACCGCUCCCUUUAACUUUCGAAAGGAGAAAUGAAAACCCACAGUCUGCCUAAGUGACACUUUAACAACAGGUUUUGGUUGGGGUUCCUGGUGGAUUUCUUAUUCUCCAACACCCAAGAGAACUAGAGUCUCAAACCACGUGUGGUGGGGAGUCCUUUGCUCAGCCUCCUUCCUGGGUCAAAGCCACUGUCUGACCUAUCAGGGAGGGGCUCUGAUGCGUGGAAAUGCAUCAGCUCCCAAUGGGCCUACAGAGGACACCAGUGUGCAAAAAAAAAAAAGCUGUUUUCCAGAACUGAGCUUCUGCUAAUUGUCAUUCCUGAAGUCUUUGGGUAAGGGUGGUUGAUGUUUCUGAAAUGUUUAUGGGACCUUAGUUCCAGGUGUCCACUUAACUGACUAGCUUUCAUAAAUGUCAGAUUUUAACUAUGAAAACUACAGAACCUUGUGCAUUUUUAUAUUCUGAUUCCUGGUUUUUUACGAUCAAGGUUUAAUGUUCUCCAUUAGUCAUUUCUCUAACUUGGCAUAGGAAGCUUAGUUCUCUACUGUGUCACAGAUCUGGGAAAAAUGCACUUGGGAAUCAAAGAAAAUGGGACUUAUGUUUGAAAAGAAAAACAAUGGUAUUGAUUAUGUUGACACAACCUCAAUAAAACCUGUUGUAUAAAA